GGUCAGAGCCGGCCAAAGUGCGAAACCCCCCACAACCCACGUCCGCCACUUGAGCAAAACGCACGCUCAAUUUCUCAUCGCUUUGCCCACCAAACGCGCAGCAACCGCGGCUCGUCGCUCCUCCCGUGGAUUCAACCAUCUCCCAGCGCGAGCACCGGUAACCAAUUCCAUUCACUCUUUUCUUCCCGUUCAUGCUUCAGUUGGCUGUGCUCCGUGGUGCCGUUCUUGGACUUCAAGGGUCCAAACAAGUUUUUUUCUCUCUCUCUCCUUUUGCUGGCUGUGGAAUCCCCAAAUUUGAGUUCUUCGAUACUUGAUCCUUGUUGGGUGUUCUGGACUCAGGCGUGGUAGGUCCAGCUCGUAUCUCUCUGAAUCAGCCUUGGUCACUAAACAGAGACUAUAAGAAAAAUAUCCCAACCACCCUCCAAUUUUCCUGAUUCUUUCUUUCUCAAAACCCCAAAGCGAAAGAUCCAAUGUUGUGGCAUGAUUCAGCUGUUCCUAGAGCUAUCUUAGAGCAAAACUGAAGUAAAUAGAUCAUCAAACAUAUAUGUUUCUUGAGAUACCAACCGCUGCAAUGGCACACCCAACCUUACUAGUUACCCUCAGAUGCCUCACACUGCUAUGCAUCCUGUCAAUCGCCAUGGGGGCUGAUAACAACUCUACCGUCUCUGGCCCGAUCCACCUAGAUUGCGGAGCCUCCUCCCCGACGGCAACUGAUGCUGAUAAUCGGACUUGGCAUAGUGACAAUAGUUCCAACUUUGCACCAUCACUGAAAGGCGUUGCUGCCACUGCUUCAUACCAAGACCCUGCACUACCCUCUACUGUUCCUUACAUGACUGCUCGCAUCUUCACUUCAAAUUACACCUACUCCUUCCCUGUUAGUCCAGGCAGAUUGUUCGUGCGCCUCUACUUCUAUCCUAGCACUUAUGGCAACUAUGCUCCUGCAAAUGCCUACUUUGGUGUCACAGCUAGCAAUCUGGUCCUUUUAGACAACUUCAAUGCUUCCCAAACUGCUUUGGCAGCUAAUAUUGCCAGCUUCGUUCGUGAAUACUCAGUAAAUGUUACUUCAGGCAACCUAGACGUCACCUUUUCCCCAUCUACACAGCAGAAUGGCUCUUAUGCAUUCGUGAAUGGGAUUGAGAUUGUUCCCACACCGGACCUCUUCACAACUCCAACACCAACACUAACCAAUGGUGGAAACCCUGAUCCAUUCCCUAUCAAUCCUACAACGGGGUUCCAAACAAUGCACCGGCUCAAUGUUGGGGGCCAGUUCAUCUCUCCACAAGGUGAUGUUGACUUUUACCGCUCAUGGGAUGAUGACACUCCUUACAUAAAUGAUGCUGGUUAUGGGGUGGCCUUUGGGAAAGACAGAAAUGUUACCAUCACGUAUACACCCAGUGUACCAAAUUACACUGCACCAGUUGAUGUCUACGCAACAGCACGGUCAAUGGGACCAAAUGCACAGAUCAACCUGAACUCCAACCUUACAUGGACUUUACCAGUUGAUGCAGGAUUCUACUACCUUCUAAGAUUCCAUUUCUGUGAAAUCCAGUACCCGAUAACCAAGGUCAAUCAAAGGUCGUUCUUUAUCUACAUCAACAACCAGACAGCACAACGGCAAAUGGAUGUCAUUGCAUGGAGCAAUGGAAUUGGCAGAACAGUGUACAUGGACUAUGCUAUCCUCACGAUUGGCUCCGGUCAGAUGGACUUGUGGGUCGCACUUCACCCUGAUCUUUCGACAAGACCAGAGUAUUACGAUGCAAUAUUGAAUGGUCUUGAGGUCUUCAAGUUACAGAAUUAUGGAAAUAACAGUCUUGCUGGGCUCAACCCUCCCCUUCUACAAUCGCCUGUGGAACCUAAUGGGACACCAGGUGGAGGAAACUCAAAGGGUUCUGCCGCACCAGCCAUUGGUGGAGCUGUUGGUGGCUUUGCUGUGCUGUUAAUUGCUUGUAUUGGUGUUUGCAUCAUCUGCAGACGAAAGAAGAAGGUAGCAAAGGAAUCUGAUAAAUCUGAUGAUGGUCGCUGGACUCCUCUCACUGAUUACAGCAAGUCACAAUCAAACACCUCAGGAAAGACGGCCACCUCUCGGAGCCACACAUCGACAUUGCCAUCUAAUCUUUGCCGUCAUUUCUCAUUUGGUGAAAUCCAGGCUGCAACCAACAAUUUUGAUCAAGCCUUCCUCCUUGGCAAAGGUGGCUUUGGGAAUGUGUACCUUGGAGAGAUAGAUAGUGGCACAAAGGUGGCAAUCAAGCGUGGCAACCCAAUGUCUGAGCAGGGUGUUCAUGAGUUCCAGACUGAAAUUGAGAUGUUAUCGAAGCUCCGCCACCGCCACCUUGUGUCGUUGAUUGGGUAUUGUGAGGAUAUGAAUGAGAUGAUUCUUGUGUAUGACUACAUGGCCCAUGGAACCCUUAGGGAGCACUUGUACAACACCAAGAACCCACCACUCUCAUGGAAGCAGCGGCUCGGGAUCUGCAUUGGCGCAGCUCAGGGGCUGCAUUACCUGCAUACAGGUGCAAAGCAGACCAUCAUCCACCGAGACGUCAAGACCACUAACAUAUUGUUGGAUGAGAAGUGGAUAGCUAAGGUUUCUGACUUUGGGCUGUCGAAGACGGGUCCGAAUGUUGAUAACACCCAUGUGAGCACGGUUGUGAAGGGAAGCUUCGGAUACCUUGAUCCUGAGUAUUUCCGGCGUCAACAGCUCACUGAGAAAUCUGAUGUCUACUCUUUUGGAGUUGUGCUGUUUGAGGUCCUGUCUGCGCGUCCUGCCCUGAGCCCCUCGCUUCCAAAGGAGCAAGUGAGCCUUGCUGAUUGGGCAUUGCACUGCCAGAAGAAAGGCAUGCUCGGGCAAAUCAUCGACCCAUAUCUCCAAGGGAAAAUUGCCCCCCAAUGCUUCAUGAAAUUUGCAGAAACCGCAGUGAAGUGCGUGGCUGAUCACAGCAUUGACAGGCCGUCUAUGGGCGAUGUCCUUUGGAACCUUGAAUUUGCACUCCAGCUGCAGGAGAGUGCAGAGAACAGUAGCAGCCUCACCGAGGGGACGUCAUCGAAUACUUCACCACUUACUGUACCCAGUAUUCACUCAGAUGAACCACUGACGGACACUAUCACUACCACAUCAACCACAAUGAGCAUCGCAGGACGGAGCAUCACAAGUACGGAAUCGGAUGGUCUGACCCCAAGUAGUGUCUUCUCACAGCUCAUGAAUCCAGGUGGCAGAUGAAACCGAACUGGAAGCUAGAAUUGCAGUUAAUCUCUACAUAUUCUAACUUACCUUGGUACAGCUAUGUGGCAGAUGAUAUAAGGAACUAGUAUAGUAUUCUAUAUAUAUAUAUAUUCUUCUGAUGUUGUAAGGAAGCCAUUUAGGACACUCUAUAUGUUUGUCUCCUGUUCGAGAUACUAGUUACUAUUUUCACUUCCAGAUGAAUUUGUAAUCUUUGACAUCUGCUUCUUUCAUUUCUGUGAGAUUAAUCUCCUUUAUAGUAAA